GUAUUGAAGGAAAUGCUGGAGAUAACCCUGCAGCUCUGCCGUAUAGCGGACACACAGCGAGUGUUAACAACAGAGAACCGACAGAGAGCUGAUCUGCGGCCCAACCGCAGUCAGUGAGUCAGUCGGUUCCUAAUUUAAUUAACGGACAGUUUGAAGUUAAAUCGACGGUCCAAAGCGGUUUUCUAAAGUCAAGGAUGAUAUCUGUGUCUGCUUCCCGAUGAGAGCGGGGUUAAAUUCACUUCUGAGGUGUCACAGCCAGGUUCGAAUGCAAAGUGCAGAUUCCAUACAUAUACACUUAGAUAUUUAAUUAAAAGACACUUCCUUUGACAACUGAGACAUAAGUUACGGGGUUGACUCGUUCAAUAAAAAAGGAAAAAUCUAACAAAUAAAAAAAGUAAUUUUUUUAUUUACCUUUACCCUGAUAUCGAACUCGCAUUUCCGCCGUUGUCUUAGUCAUCAUAUAUGCGACAUAGUAGAACACGUUUUCAGUGCUGACCUUCAACUCGUCCGACAACUUUUGCAAACUUUGCAACUUGUUCAUUUUCGAAUUUCGUUUCUGGUGAGAAACUUUGUCAGCGGAUCCUCAAUCCAGAAUGCCAGCAAGACGAGGGUAAGUACGCAACGAUUUAAUUGAAAAUUACCUGACGGACACAGAUACGUUUAAACUAUAGUGGGGCUCUGCGCUGUCCCCGGGACUUAAAUGGUGGAGGAGAGAUAGACAUUCUCACUUCACAACAGCCUUGCUUGCGUUUCAUCAUAUCGUAUAUCAUAUCAUUAUCAACCAGUUUCAUAAUUGGUUGUCUAGGACAUUACAUCUUCCCUCUUGACAAUCAACAUUCAUGUACAAACUGUAUAACCACAGUACAAAUACUUUUGUGCAUCCUUAUUCUUUUCUUAGUACAAAGUAAUGCCAACUUUUUUAAAUGUUCUGUUUAUUUUAAAACAGGACAAGACUUGCUUGCUUACAAGGCACAUUUUAUUUUGUCAUUAUGCCAUAUUUUCACUGGGGUAUUAUUAAAAGGUACUGCUUCGGAGUACCUUUUAAUAAUACCCCAGCUGUAAAUCAAAAGCUUAUUGUUGCAUUUUGUGCUUUAAACACUUCCGUGACUUAGUGAAUUGCCAUGACAUGCAAUUACCGAAACGUAUUUCACCAUGUUGGUGGUAUGAAAGCAUAUAAGGAAAAGCUUCCAAUAAUAUGUAACAAUUUCUAUAUCUAGAAACCAACAGACAAGGUCACUACCAAAAUCCAAUCAGACAUGACAGGCCAUCAUGAGGAGGAUACAAAGGGAAGCAUUGUUCAAAGUCCAGUGGAUGCUCCAUCUCAGCUCAAGGAUUUGUGGAAAAGAAGUGACACAGAAGUGGUUGUGUCUGUGGUCCCCUCUCAAAUCAGAGGGAACAGCUUCAUAAUCCACCACAGUGAGCUACGGACACUUAGACCUCACCAGUGGCUUACGGGCGAGGUCAUUGAGUGUCUUUUGCAUCACUUUUCUAAUGAGCUCCAUUUGGAGAGAAUGAUUUAUAUUCUAAAUCAUUACACGGCUGGUGUGAUCCUCUUUGGGAACAGAGAACAGAUCAGGAGGAACACUUUGUCUAAGAUCAACUUUGACAACUAUAAAGCAAUUGUGUCUUUUGUGAACAUACACAAUUCCCACUGGAAGCUUCUGUACAUCAAUGCAGCAGAAAAAAACGUGUAUUUGGUUGACCCAGCACGCAGGUCCACAGAGCUGACAGACUCAGACCAUGCUGCAAAAAGAAUAUGUGAAUACUUCAAACUGAGGAGGACCUGCCACAGCAAGACUGACUGGGUGGACAUCAAAUUCAAAGGGGGUGUUCUGCAACACCCACUGCAGCAGCAUGGAGAUAGCUGUGGGGUACUUGUAAUCAUGAUGGCAAACGCAGUCAUGGAGGCCUUUCCGAAAAUACCAAACAUUGCAUUUGGUACAACAAAGACAGAGAUGGAACAUCAGCGUACGCUCUGCAAAUACUUAAAGCCUCAGUGUUUGACAUAGAUAACAACUGUGCCAUGUGCUCAGCGACAAAACCACCAGGUCCAGGGCCUUCCUUCACUGACUGGAUUCAGUGUGACAGAUGUAGCCGGUGGUUUCAUGCCCAGUGCCUCCAGAUGGACACAGCCCAGAUUCAAAAUGUGCAAACCGCUGACUGGAAUUGCUGUCUGUGUCAAAAAUAAUUCCACAAUCAGUAUGUGCUAUGUCUUCUUUUUUUUUUAUGUUCACUGUUUUCUUCGUCUGUGUAUGAAAGAGUCGCCUAAAACACAUAUUUUGCCUUUCAUAGUAUUACCAGCUGCAAAAGCAACACUGGUAUUGUUUUCACUUUGUGAGUCUGUGUGCAAGUCCCCAGGUGUUUAUAUUGCUAUCUCUGUGUACAGAUGUUCUCAUCCCGAUAGCAACCGUGAACGAUGCAGUCACAAAACUUUACAGGUGUUUAUUUUUUAUCAAACUGAAGGCCGCGUUUGAAGAUGGGUGUGGCCCAACAAUAGCACCUGAAUUACGAAAUUAAAAGGAAGGGGUUGAUCAGGACUUUACGCCCCUUAAACAAUUCAGCAUCAUGGCCGUUUAGGUUUUUAUAAUUUUAUUUUUCGUUUUAAUAACACAGUUGAGUGAUGUUUUGUGUUUUUACAUAAAGGUUUUAGGUUCCCAUUUUAUACAAAAUGACAUAAAAAAAUGUUUUACCUUGUUAUAAAGAACAAAGCUUUUGACAACUACUCCGGUGUUUUAUUCAUAAAACUAUUUUUUUCCUCCAUUGUUGGCGUUAUGUAUUUAUUUUGUUAUAUAUUACCUGUACUUACAAGUUUUGCAAUAGUGAAAUGGUGAUAAAUAAUCAAGCUCAAAUGGAGCAAAGGAGCCACAGUUGGUGCCAAUUCAAAAAAUAUUAUAAAAAUACAACACUACUAAUUGAACAGAGCAUAAUUCAUAGGAAAAAAAAUGUUAUUUGUAGUGUAAAAGGGUACCCCAAUCUAACCUAAGCAUUAUCCCUAUAAAAGGAUAAGAUAAUAAACAAAAUGCUCAACAUAAUUAACAAAUACAAAGAGAGUCUUUCACGCUGCGAUCAAGAAAUUGAAAUCAAGACAUCGCUAAGGCAAGAUUGAUUUUUACAUAUGGGUGCAGCUGAAAGAGAGGGUAGGACAGUUAGAGAUUCCAAGAAAAGGGACUAGUCAUAGGAGUGGGAAUACAAGCAUAUCAG